CGUCAUCAGGCAAUAGACUCCCAUUUCUUCGUUUUUCUUCGGUCAGAAUUUUUCACUCAUCACAAUUUUCUCUCGCGAUUCGUCCCUCCCAGCGCAAUUUAUUCUUCAUCUUCUUCUUCACUCUCUGUUACUGUUUCCAUGAUCACAUCUCCUCCAUUUCUCGCUUUCACGACUGCAAUUCUUGAGCUAAACAUCUCCCAGUUAGUCUCCAUCGCUAAAACAGAGGAAACUUUUACAACCCUCUUAAAGAGUUUUGGACUUGAGCGAAGAUUGAAGUGAUUGUCGACGUUAAUAUCGCGCAAUUUUUCUUCUACCUUGUUCAUAAAUCGGGAGUGAAGUUGUUGAAUGUUCUAUUUUGUCUUGCAAUGCUCAUUUUGUUGGGACAAGGGAUUUCAAUCCAUGAUCAUCGUCGCAUUCUCCAUCUGCCCUUUUCAGUUCUCUGUGUAGUUUUGCGGGAAUUCGAUCAAAAACUCCAUUGCUAUUGGGUUUAUCGACCCGAUUCUAUCUAAUUGCAGCUACACUCAUUGAAGAAGCAUUUCAUUCUAUUUUUCCCCCUUUUUUACUUCUUUGGGAUUUUGAAUCGUUUGAGUGUUUGCUUCAGUGUGGGGAUUGACUCAGUGAGAUCCAGGUUUACUAGGAAGUGGCUUCGAGGAUUUGGCAUUGCUGAGCUUUAAAGUUCCACUUCAAUUCUUGACUUGGAAACGACGGUGGACACUGAUGACAAUGGAUACUCAAACGAGUUGGCAGUGAUUCAUAAUUUGAGAAAAUAGAUCCGUGGAACAUAAAGUUUCUUGUGUUAUUUGUGUUUGAUCUUCAGAAGGGGAUGAUUUUUUCAAUGGACCCUGGAUUCAAGGAGGAUUUUAUGGUUCUUGACUGGCUUAGAGCACUUCAUAGAAGACUGGGUUAUAGUGGUCGUCAUUUCAUACUGAAGAAACCAUUUGGGUUGACAUAAUUUUUCCUUUUUUUGCAAAUUUUCAUGCCAAGAAGCUUAAGUUUCAUUAGUUUGACUGAGUGUUGUAGUUAGUUUGGCAUUGUUUGUUCAAAUUCCUUCUGUGCAAAGGCUAUUGUAUAAGUUUCUAAAAGGAAGUUGAGAAAAUAUCUUUUGCUGAAUGGGAGAAUUUCUGGUAGGAGCUCAGAAACUAUUAAAACUCUAGAAGAAUUAUAGAUGUUGAAAACAAUUACUGCAUGGGGCAGAGGAGGGAACAAACUUGCUUCAUUCCCAACAAGAAAAAGUGAAGUAAUUCGAGAAUUCAAAGGCGGAUUUUGUUCUUGGACGGUACAAUGUCACGUUGCUUUCCAUUUCCACCUCCUGGAUAUGAAAACAAAGCUAGGAUAGAGGAUCUAGACCUAUUGAAAAAGGAUGACCAUAAAAAGAAGAGGAAAAAGGAGAAGAGGGAUCACAAAGAAAAGAGAAAGAGCAGGAAAAGAGAUAAAAGGGACAGGGAGAAAGACAGAGUUAAAGAUAAAGCUAGAACCUUGGAUGAGUCAAAACUAUCAGAUAAAAUCCAAUGUCACAAUAGACAGUUCCUCAUUCAGAAAGAUCUCAAAAACAAGGAUAACUGCAGGCUAACCGAGAAGAGAUAUCCUGGACAUUCAGCUGGUUAUAGUGAAGAAAAGUCUAGUUAUGGUGGCCAUCUGCCUGAGAGAUUUAGUGCUUCCGAAAUUGAUCCCGAGUUGCCUAAGAGGAUUAAGGAUGGUGAUAGUGGACUUAGGAACCUUUUGGGGGAGAAGUUGUCUGCUUGUCUUCCAGAGACGGAUGAUUGGAUGGAUAGAACAAUGGCUAAGGUCACUCAUAAUUUCGAUGAAGGGAAGAUGAAGAAUGAUCAUAAGGAAAAUCAUGAAGAAAAAUAUGGCGAUCGAGGACUGUGGGAAGGGUCAAAGUUUAGUAGGAGGGGGACUAUUCAACCUAUGGCUAAAGAUGGGGUGGAUUCAGUGGAGAAGAAUGCUGGUGCUAGAACUGAAGAGAAGAUGUGGAAAGGAAAUGGGAGGGAUGAGAAAAGCAAGGAGAAACAGAAGGACAAAGACAAGGAAGGGAAAGGUAAGCAUAAAGAAAGAGAUAAAAAGAAGAAAAAGGAGAAGAUUGGAAACAUGGAAAAAUCAAAAGAAAGAUACGAAGGCGAUGUAACCAGUCCUGAUUCAAUAAUAACAUCACAACAUCUCAGGGACAGCCACAGAUCUGUUGCUAGUGUGGGAAGCCUCAUGAAGAGGAAAGACUUUGAGACCAAUGGAAUCUUUGCCAAGGACCAUAUGUCCAGUAACUUUGCAAAGUUCACUUCCUCUGAUCUGCCUAGAGUAAACCACAAGAUGUUACAAUCUUGCCAAUCUUCUCUACCAGCUGCUUCAAAUUGGCAGGUACAGUCAGAGCCACCACAUCCAGAUUUAGAGUAUUUAAGCCAGGUGUAUUUAGUUCCCAAAAUGGAGGAAUGGUCAGAUUUUUGUGACCAGGAAUGGCUGUAUAGCAGCAAUGCUUCUAAAUUGAAGAUGCUGAAGGCACACGAAUUCGAGAUGGAGAUGACGACGCCAUAUGUAUGGGCCGAGGCAAUGCAGAUUGACUCGAUCGAUAUCUGUGCUCUACCAUAUGUUGUUCCAUAUUGAAAGCAAUGAACGUCAUCUUAGCUGUGUCGGAAGUUGACAAAUCCUGGUAUGGUCUUACAAUUCUUCUGCAUCAUUCCUUCAUUUUCACUCAGUUGUAGAGGUCUAACAUAAUUGAUAUUUGCUCCGUGAUUGAUAUCGACACAUAAACUCGCUACUGGUUUGGCUGGCGGAGAUUUGGAUGAUCUUUUCACCAGUUAACACUGAACAUCCCUAAUUCAUUUAUGUAGCCAAGUAAACUGCAAGCUUAUGAGGUUGCUCGGUAGGCAAGAUGCAUAAGCUUAUUGUGUAAUUUUCCCUUUCAUUUUUAAAGGGAAGGUAGAUUUGUAGAACAAAACUCUCGAUAGAUUUAUAAGAUAUAUAGAAGUACAGAAUUUAGUCAUA